AUGUCUCGUGCUUCUAAAAAACCUGCAUCAAAACGUCGAACCGCUGCGCUCAACUUUUUAACUAGCAUAUCAUUGGAUGGCGGUGCAUCACAAAAACAUAAAUGCUCGGAUUUCAUUUCGCGAACAGAUGGUGAGAAAGGAGAAUGGCAAAACAACUAUUCAAUAAGAAACAGUAGCAAUAUGAAAAUGAAUAAUGAAAAUGUUAUCGAAGAAGUUGCUUCCUCAAAAUUUUUUGAUUUGGAAUUUACUAAACCUUCGUACACACCGUUCAGAGAGAGAAGUAAUACUGGAAAUAGUGAUUUUGGCAAGCAGAGAGAUUUCAAACAGAAAAAAAUCUCAGGAGUUGAAGAAAUCCUACCUCCAUUAUCAUUCAGUAGUACAGAAAGUAUUGCAUCGGGAAGUGGAAAACUGAGAAGCGAUUUUGAUCCCAGAUUGUAUAAACUGAAAGAAAUAAAAGUUGCCAAUAUUAAUAACCUGAGGUGCUGCAAAAACGAACGUAUUAUGCUGCUGUCGCCCGCAACAAAAACUCCAUUUUACGUUUUUUCAUUUCUGCCUUACAAAAAAAUCAAAAGCAAAGGAGAAACCAAAAAGGAAACUACCGGCAGACGCAGAAAUCUGUCUGGAUCUCGCCCUCUAUCUUCUUUUAUCGAUACUUUGGAUCCAUUUCUUCUUCUUGGUCUGGAAAAAUAUCAAGACGAACAAAUGAUUUCAUAUAAACAAUUACUCAAUCCUUCAUCAUCGUCUUCUCACGAACCAAAAGAAAUUGCUAGUCAAGAAAUUACCGAAAUGGUUCAAGACCAUUCCUCAAAAAAUUACCACAUUUCGCGGUGCAUGUCUGUUGAUUUAGGUGUCUCGACGAAAUUUCACCCAGUAACUUCAUCGUCUCCUCCUUUUUCAGAAUAUAGAGCAAAUGACUGGGAAGAAUUCGGUUAUGGAAGCUCCUGCCAACCUCCUUACUCGCCUUUCUUAUUAGAUGAUCCUGAACUGAUGUCCGGGAAACACAGAACAGUUUUGACUUUUCCAUCUUAUAGAGCAUCUGUAAUUGAUUACGUUAGACGAUCUGAACUAAAAAAGGAAUUGAAUGAAAAAUUCAAGGAGAAAUUUCCUCAGAUACAACUUACAUUGAGUAAAUUACGAAGUUUAAAAAGAGAGAUGAAAAAAAUUGGCAAAACAGAAGGUUGUAUCAAUUUGUUGACAGUUGCUCAAGCUUACGUUUACUUUGAGAAACUGAUUUUGCGUAAUGUUAUUCAUAAAGCAAACAGAAAACUUUGUGCUGCGGUUUGUUUACUAUUAUCAGCUAAGAUGAACGAUACUAAAGGAAAUGCACUGAAAUUACUUUUUGAGAAAUUGGAAUCUGUCUUUCGUAUAAAUCGUAAAGAUCUCUUAGCUUUAGAAUUCGCCGUUGUUGUUGCAUUGGAAUUUAGUCUACAUGUUCCUACCUGGGAAGUGCUACCUCAUUACCAAAGGUUAAUGUAUGAAUCCUGAAAUUCGGAAUUCAGAAACAAAAUACGUCUUAAUUUCGAAAGAAAUGCGUUUUUGUUCUAGUCUCUUCAAGUCUCAAUCUCAUAAUGACUGUAUAUUUUUAGUAUGGUUUUAGUUACCUACUUGAAUUUUAAAGUAAUUUUUGUUGUCUUUAUUUAAAAUUAUUGUUCAUUGUACAGUUGAAGUGAAACAUAUUUUAUUCAGUAUUUUAUUUUUACUACACAGCUGGUAAUCGAAAUAUGGCCUCUACAGAGAAAGUAAGAUUAAAAAAUAGAUUAGCAUUGUCGCGUGUGAUUUUUUCCCCAUCGAAUUACUGUAUAAUUCAACUCGAUAGGUAAUUUAAUUAUUUUACGUAAUUGUUGGAAUUUGAUUAUUGUUUGUGUCGUGUAGGUAUGUAUUGAACUGUUAAUUCCGGUAUUUAAUAAUUAUUUUAUCAUAUUAUUUCAUAAUAACAUCUUUUGAUCUUUUUGAAGUUUUUUUUUCAUUGUUUGAUUUUUUAUGUAACUUUGAUUUCAACUUAAUUUUUGGUGUAAUUACUUAUAAAUAAUUUUGUGAGUU